AUGCUUAGGCGCUCCAAGAAGAAUCACACCAAUUCAAUAGAUGAGUCAGUGAAAUACAUUUACGUUCAUGGCCAGUUCUUCAGCGAGGCACAGAAUAGCUUCGCCAACAGCAUCCUGACGAACGGCCAGCGUGAGCUCAAGACCUAUGUCGCUCCUGGUGUUCUUCUCAACACCUCAGGCUAUGCCAACAUUUCUGGCAUUAUCAUGCAGAUCGUACACGUGGCUGAUCAUCCUGAUCUGAUAUUGAAGAAGAAUUCCCAGUACGAGCAGAACAUUCUGAUAUCUACAAUUCUGGUGCAUGCAAAUAGAUAG